AUGGAUAAACUUAUGUUUUGGUUGCUAAUUCUUCUGAUCAACUUCCAAUACACCACUUGUGCCAUUACCAAUCCUACAUCUCUAGAUUUUAUCAAAACCUCAUGCAAAACCACCCGACACCCUGCUCUCUGCGUCAACUCGCUCUCAAAUUAUGCCGGUUCUAUCCAAGGAAACGAUCAGCAGCUAGCCAAAGCCGCCAUUGCGGUCAGCCUGAACACUGCUAAGUCAGCAGCGGCAUACGUUUCCAAACUGGCUGGAACAACCUCGAAUAUUAAACCAAGGGAGUCCGAAGCCUUGAAAGACUGUGUCAACAGCAUGACCAGCUGUGUGGCUAGUCUAACCCAAUCAAUUCAGGAGCUUGGGAAAAUGGCUCAGUUUAAGGGACAAAAUUUUGUUUGGCACAUGAACAAUGUCCAAACGUGGGUCAGUUCCGCCCUUACUAACCAAAACACUUGUAUUGGAGGAUUCUCAGAUAGUUCAAUGAAUGGACAAUUAAAGGAUGCUGUUAAUAAAAAGAUGAGUUCAGUUUCACAAGUCACCAGCAAUGCACUUGCUUUGGUGAACAGGUUUUCUAUGAGACAUAAAGAUGUUACACAUAAUCCUUGA